AUGGAUAAGGGCAAGAUACCAUUAAUCCAGGAUGAAGAAGAAGAUUUCUUAUCGGUUUUUGAUGAUUUACGACAAGGAAUUAUGUCAGGAUCAGCCAAAGAAACUCCUCUUGUGGGUGAAAUGGAUGGGAACGAGGAAGAUUUCUUUUCCAAAUUCUUGACCACGAAUUUCAAUGAAAACUCUUCUAAUAUGGAGGCAAAUUCCAAGGCACCAACACCAAACUCAGGGAUUUCGCCUGUUGCUCAACCUCCACCAAAUCCAAGACUGCCAAGAUUACCAAGGGCACCAAAAUUAAGUUUGCAAACUAAUCCAAGGGCACAGCGGCGAAGUGUCAAAGCUAAACCAUAUAUAUUCAGGAAAACCAUGCCUCGUGAAGAGCUUGAAAAGUUAGCCAUACAUGAUCCAAAACGAGCGAAGAGAAUUAUUACAAAUCGACAGUCAGCGCUUAGGGCAAAAGAGAGGAAGAAGCUGUACAUUUUCAUGCUGGAACAUAAGUUAACAGCUUUGCACUCUAAAUCUACUGAAAUGGCUUCUGAAUUGACCUCAUUGGAGACAGAAUCUGAAUCCUUGAAUUCUGAAAACGCCAUGUUGAAAAGUCGAAUUGACAUGGCUAAGCAACAGGUUCACUUGCAAGAUGCAUUGAACGAUCAAAUAAAAAGCCAAAUCCUGCAUAUGAAAGCCAAGCUAAUGAGACCAAAAGUUGCACCAAAUUAUGGUGGAGCGUUCGACAAUCCAUUUCCUGGAAACACCAAUCCUGCAAUGAUGAAUGCACCAUUAGCCGCGCAACAGUUUCCACAGCUCCAAGUUCAGCACCCGUAUCAGCAGCAACAACAGAAGUCUGAUUUUCAGCAGCCUAAUCUUGGGCAACUUAACUAUGGUGGUCAAUAUGAGCAAGGAGAAACCAGCCAACCUCAACCUCAACCUCAACAGCUUCAGCAACUGCAACAGAACCCUCAGCCAUCCUACAUGGAGCAGCUGCUCGCUGUUGAAAAAUCUGCGCCUUCGCUUAGUGAAAUCUAUAAAUAA